GCACUCAGCUCCGCUUCUCCUCGUCUUACCAUCCUCAAACUGAUGGUCAGACCGAGAUCACGAACAUGACUCUCGGAGAUAUUCUUCGAAAGAUUGUUCGUGACGACCAGCAGUGGGAUCUUCAUCUUGCCCACGCGGAGAUAGCGUACAACCACGCCGUCUCGCCAGCCACGGGGAUGUCGCCUUACUAUUGCGACCUCGGCUAUCACCCUCGUGUUCCCGCGGACUUUCUUCGACCGUCACAGAUGCACCCCGACACGAGUUGUCCCACGCUGGAUGAUUGGGUUGCACACAUGACGUCGAUCAUGAAGACCGCACAUGAGCAUAUAGCCGCUUCCCAGACUCGCAUGGCAGCACGUGCGAACCGAUCGAGGAUGGACCAUCCGUUCAAAGUCGGUGAUGAUGUGCUUAUCGACGCCCGCCACUUACAACUCGAAGUGGACACGCUUCGCAAGUUUCGGCGUCGCUUCUUUGGCCCAUGCUGCAUCCUCCAGGCCGUCGGUCCUGAUACGACAUCUAGCCCGGUCAGCUUUCGUGUGAAGUUGCCUGACUACCUACGCCAGGCUCGUGUGCACGAUGUCUACCACGUCUCGUUACUGCGUCCUUACCACAGACCGUCUGAGUGUUUUGCUGGACGACCAUACGAGCGCCCUCCACCCAUCAUGGUGGACGGUCACGAGGAGUUCCUCGUUUCAGACAUCAUUGGUCGCCGAGUCACCGACGACAACCCUCCCCACGUCGAGUAUCUCGUACGUUGGAAGGGUUACCCUGAUGAGGAGGCUACCUGGGAGCCCUUCGAGCACUUACAGCACGCUCGCAUGUUGGUGCAUGCUUAUGACUGUGCUUGUCGUGCUGGGUUCACUGCUCCUCCUCAAACCACUGACCGUCCUCCUUCUCCCCCGGCUGAGGAGACCGCUGAAGUCGAGCCUGCUCCAUCUGAGGCAGACCUUCAGCAGUAGCCGGAUGCUUCUGAACGUCCACAGCGCAUUCGUCGU